AGGCCAUAUAUCGAACUCUCUCGACUCGUCUCCAACCCACCACUCCUAAAAACUCUCUCUCGUCGUCUCUUUUAAUCGAUUUCAUACGUAUUCUAAUCUAUCAUUUCCCGAUGCGUUCAAUGUAGUUUCAGACUGCUCUCUCCUCAGAUUCAAUGGAAAAUCAUCAAUCACAUCCUUAUACAAAAUUGCAAUACCCCAGUCCUUUGAUAUCGUAGAAAGUCCAACUAUUCCUUUUGACUUUCUCUCUCUAUCUCAUCAAUCAGAUGGCACAAUCUCAUCUGAUUGUGUUCUUCGCAGCAGUCUCGUGUCUCGUUGGUGUGCUCAACGCAAGUUCUGGUGAUGCUGAUCCGAUUUACAAGGCUUGUGUUGAGCAAUGUGAGAAAACUGGUUGUGUGGGGGACAAAUGCUUCCAGAACUGUAAAUUCUCAUCUGAUGGAAAACCUAUAGAUGGUCCAUGGUAUCUGCAAGAACCACUUUAUUUGCAGUGGAAACAGUGGGACUGUCGUAGUGACUGCCAAUACCACUGCAUGCUGGUUCGGGAGGAAGAAAGAAAGAAAAUUGGUGGCAGACCAGUCAAGUAUCGUGGGAAAUGGCCAUUUCGGCGCGUUUACGGUAUUCAGGAACCUGUUUCUGUCGCUCUUUCUGCCCUCAAUCUCGCUAUGCAAUUUCAUGGUUGGGUAUCAUUUUUCAUCUUUGUUUACUACAAGUUACCUUUGCGGCCAAACAGAAAGACAUACUAUGAGUUCACUGGUUUGUGGCAUAUCUAUGGGAUCUUAUCAAUGAACUCAUGGUUCUGGAGUGCUGUUUUCCACAGUCGAGAUGUCGAUUUGGCAGAGAAGCUAGACUAUUCAUCUGCGGUGGCAUUACUUGGUUUUUCCCUUAUUCUGGCUAUACUGCGAGCUUUCAAUAUCAGGGAUGAGGCUGCUAGGGUGAUGAUUGCUGCUCCGCUAAUCGCAUUUGUGACAACACAUAUUUUGUAUUUGAACUUUUAUCAGCUUGACUAUGGUUUGAACAAGAAGGUUUGUGUAUUAAUGGUUGUAGUUCAGCUUCUCUUAUGGGCUGUCUGGGCGGGUGUUACUCGCCAUCCCUCACGAUGGAAGUUAUGGGUGGUGGUUGUUCUUGGAGGUCUUGCGUUGCUCUUGGAACUGUACGAUUUUCCGCCCUAUUGGGAAUUUGUAGAUGCUCAUGCUCUUUGGCAUGCUGCCACCGUCCCCCUCACCUUCUUUUGGUGGAGCUUCAUCAAGGAUGAUGCCGAGUUCAGAACGUCAACCCUUGUCAAGAAGGCCAAGUAGCAUAAAUGCCUAUCUAGGUGGAUUCCUUCGUUACUAUUUCAAAUAGAGUUACUAUUUUCUCCCUCCGUCUCUCUCAAGAAUAUUGGUCAGGACUGUAACAAAAUUCAAACUUGUCGGACACUGUUCUUUCUAUGUUGGGUGUAUAUUGGUAAUCUGAUCUAUCAAUUAUUGUUUGUA